UCGGAAAGCCAGGACAUCUGCAGGGCCGGCGACACUUGCGUGGAUGGCAUGACCUUUCAGAUUGGAUGCUGCAAAGGCGGUAUGUGAGAUCAUGGGCUGAAUGCAGGAAAUGGUGGAAAGCACUUCUCUCUGCAUACAUGAGCAUUCUUCGACCACGAAAAACGUACAGGCGUGCGAACUUACUGGAAGAUGAGUCAUGUGGAACGUGAUCAAUAUGGCCUUCCCAAGAACUUCAGACGCGAUUGGUUCGAUCUCAUUGAGGACUACGCUCGGAGUGAGGACACAGCAGCAGUCAUGAAAGCACCACGACGUGCGAAGAAGGAGAAAGCAGUGCGAACGCUGGGCGGUGGCCAGAGGACCGAUGGAUCCACAUCACCGGGAACAUCAAAAAGGAUGAGAUGUGCCAUUGAAGAGCUGUCGCAAUCUUUGAAGAGGAUAUGCCAGACGUCGAUGAAGUGCAGCACAUUGUGCACUGAAGCAUUGAACCGGCAUGCUGCUCUCAUGCCAUCUUCCCAACAGCAUUGUACAGCGGUGAUGGCAGCAAAGUUGGAAGAAGGAUGGCAAUUGGUGUCGAAGAUGACUCAAGCUGAAGCCACAGUUCAACAGGAGAUGUCAACAUCGACGGACUACAAGGACGAGUACUUCGACGAGUACUUUGCCCGUUGCGACCGCUCUGAGUGACAGUAGACUCCGUAGUAUGGCCCACCGAUCUCAAUCUUUCAUUGUGACAUGGAAGGACUGUGGAAAUCAUUGCCAUCAACGUAU